AGUUUGUUUGUGCAGGUACGGCUGCUGAUAGUUAGACUUCCACGCAGGGCCAGAAUUGUACAUUUCUGUGUUCAAACAUGAAGCAACAUUUCCAGCCACUUUUAAACCUGGAGCAAGCCAAAGACCUGGUCUUUGCCUCUGUCACAGUUCCCCGGAGCGACUGCCCUGUGGAGCACCCAGACCGGACUACCAGCCCCACUCAACCCGGCCUUUCCAGAACUCCUACGACCUCUCAAAGCCCAGACCACACCGCCACCCGUUCCCCCGCCUCAAGCUUCACAACCUCAGUCUCCUCUCCAGAAGAGGACAACCUCUCCAAUCCAGAAUGGGAGGACCCCCAGCAGGCUGAGUGCAGCUCCGCCUCUGACCACAGCGCCUCCGGGUCAGAGGCCCCCAAUGAUACAGCAACGAGUAGAAACGAAUGGCUGUCGAAGAGUGGAAUGAUUUCCUGGGCACCAACCGAAGCCGAGACCCUCCCAUACACCCCGUCUCGUUGCCUUGCCGAGGGGCCAACAGAUUAUGCCCGCCGACGCAUCCACGAUAUCCAAUCCUGCUUGGAGUUAUUUGUGACAGAGGAGAUACUCCAGCUGGUGUUGGGUUACACAAAUCUUGACGGACAGCGUACUGAUGGUGAAGGCUGGGAAGAUAUCAGCAUGAUGGAGUUGAAAGCCUUCAUCGGCCUGUUGAUUUUGGUUGGGGUGUACCGGUCUCGAGACGAGACCACAAGAAGCCUGUGGGCAGAAGGCACGGGAAGAGCCAUCUUCAAGGCCACCAUGAGCCAAAAAAAAUUUGGAAAAAUAGCUGCAAUGCUCCGCUUCGAUGACCAGCUGCAUAGACCCAGACGGAUGAUUGACACCCGGCUGGCUGCGAUUUGGCCAGUGUGGGAGAGUUGGGCCCCACGGCUCCAGAUGGUGUACAACCCUGGAGUUGAAGUCUGUGUGGACGAGCAGCUGGUGCCGUUCAGGGGUCGCUGCCCCUUUGUCCAGUACUUCCCCCACAGUUCGGACCGCUAUGGCAUUAAGGUGUGGACUGCCUAUGACGCCAAGACCUCAUAUACCUGGAAGAUGUCCGUGUGCACAUGGAAGCAGAACGAAGCCAUCUCGCAGUUAAACCAGGGGAAAACAGUUUUGUUGGAUCUGGCGGAGGGACUGGGGGGUCACACUGUGAUGUGUGACAGUUUCUUCACAUCGUGCGAACUUGGGGAAGAACUCCUGAAGAGGAAGAUUGCCAUGGUGGGAAUGAUGAAGAAAAACAACCCUGAGCUGCCCCGGGCGCUGCUGGAGGUCAGGCAGCGGGCCAUCCUCUCCGCCGUCUUCGCUUUCACCAAAACCCACACGGCGGUGUCCUACAUCCCCAACCGAGGAAAAAACGUCAUCUUGUUGAGCACCAAACACCGUGAGCCUGCCGUCAGCACCAGACGCCUCCAAAAGCCCUUAAUGGUCACUGAGUACAACAACAGCAAGGGCAGAGUCAAGCUUGACAAGGUUUUUGGUGCCUACAGCUGCAGGCAGAAGACCCACAGGUGGACGCAAAGACUGUUCUACCACAUCCUGGAUGUUUCAGCAUACAACGCAUUUAUCCUGUGGAUGUGUUUGGAUCCAGGGUGGAAAGCAGGAAUCACCAACAAGCGACGCUUGUUUUUGGAGGAGCUAGGGAAGGCCAUGGUGACCCCCCUGAUGCAGCAGCGGCAACGGCUCCCCCGAAACCCCACCGCCAUCGCUGUAGUGAAUGCAGCACGGGCAAGGUACCCUGAGGACAGCGCCCCAAUCACAUCAUCCGGGCGUAGGCGGCAGUGCCAUACCUGUAGAAAGAUGGUCUCAAACGUUUGCUGCAGAUGUGGACAUUUCGUUUGCAAAGCUCACUUGGAGGUGACCUGCUUCACCUGCUCCAGUGGAGACUUGGACUGAAUGUCAACGGUUUAGCAUGUUCAUGUUGCUGCUGUAUUGUAUGUUUUCUAUCAUUUGUAUUUACAUGGUUCAUAGUUUAAAAAAUAAAUAACA